UUGAAAGCAAACAGAGCGGUGCUGUUUUGCCCUAUAUUCUAGAUUAGCCUUCAGAUCACAACAGCUGGCUAAAGGGGAAAGGAAGAGACAAAAUAAUGCCAGGCCUUUAUCAGCCCCUAUAAAAAUAAUUUUAAAAAACCCAAAACCUUCUCUUGGUUUUUCUGAUUUAGGACUAGGCCACUGAAGGGAAAUGAACCGGAGGUGGCAUUUCAGAAUGUCUGCAAGGAGAGCUGGUCUUCAGGCUGCCAAAUUUCAGAGAUUAACGGGAUGGAAUUUUCCAGAUUUCUGGAUGUAUGCCCAGCAUCAGCAUUUUAAAAACUCUUCCAGUUUGACAGCCUGCAAAAAUCUUCCCUUAAUUCCAUUAAGAUCUGUCCUCUCCUUUCCUCAUGGAAAACUUUUGCCGCAGAAGACUUCAGAAAGUACCUUAAAAAACACAACAGGCUUGUCUGGGAUCAGGGUCCAGGAAGUAAGGUUCUUGUCCCUGUCCACAUUGUCAAGAGUGUUUUUUGGAAUUGGCCAAGGAGGAAAUAAUGGUGGAAAUAAGAAGCUCAGCCUAAGGGAUGUGAUGGAACUCAUCCGGAAGAAAGAAUGCCAUAGGAUAGUAGUGAUGGCUGGAGCAGGACUCAGCACUCCAAGUGGCAUUCCAGAUUUCAGGUCUCCUGGGAGUGGACUAUACAAUAAUCUUCAGCAGUAUAAUAUUCCAUACCCUGAAGCCAUAUUUGAGCUUAGCUACUUUUUCCAGAAUCCCAAGCCUUUCUUCAGGUUAGCUAAGGAGUUGUACCCUGGCAAUUACAGACCAAACUAUGCCCACUAUUUUCUUCGACUUCUGUUUGACAAAGGGCUCCUUCUGCGCCUCUACACACAAAAUAUUGAUGGGCUGGAGAGAGUUGCUGGGAUUCCUCCAGAUAAACUAGUUGAAGCUCAUGGCACAUUUGCUUCUGCUACAUGUACUGUCUGUCGAAGAUCAUAUUCAGGGGAGGAUUUCAGGGGGGAUGUGAUGACUGACAAAAUUCCCAAAUGCCCUGUUUGCACUGGAGUGGUCAAGCCUGACAUUAUAUUCUUUGGAGAAGAGCUCCCUCACCGGUUCUUCUUGUAUAUGACAGACUUUCCUAUGGCAGACCUGCUUUUUAUCAUUGGAACCUCCCUUGAGGUGGAGCCCUUUGCUAGUCUGGCAGGAGCUGUCCGUGGUUCUGUCCCCCGUGUACUGAUCAAUCGAGACCUGGUGGGGCCAUUUAUGUUCCAGCCACAGCACAACGAUGUAGCUGAACUGGGAGAUGUAAUCAGUGGAGUGGAAAAAGUGGUGGAACUGUUGGGCUGGGAAGAGGAGUUACAGGAGCUAAUGAAGAAAGAAAAAGAAAAGCUGGACACAAAAGAGAAAUAGAAGUGUAAUCUCUACUUUUGGAAAGAUUUAACUUCUGAAAAAGUAAAGCUUGCCUCAGCCAAAGGUUCUAGUGAUAAAUUCACAGAUCUGGGUGAAAAGAUGGUCUUUUUGUUGCCACCACCUAGUAGAUGACAGUAAGAACUAUCUGGAGAUAAUAAUUUAACUCCUUGAACAUCUUUGACGCAUCAGAGAAGGACAUGUUCUCAAGCCUCUUGGGGAGAUGGAAAUCAAAUAAGAUUUGAAUUUACUUUUACAUAAAGAUAGGCUGUAAAGAUGUUCAAUGUAACUGCUACCUCCCUUUUAGAAGGUAUUAAUUUUCCCCCAUUUUUUUAUUUUUUCCACUUGGAUAACUUCUGAGUCAUUUAAAAAGCAUCACAGAUCUGUGGUGUUUUAGUCAGAGCCUUAACAAGAAUAUACUGAAUCCACAAUUUUCUACCACUUGGAAGAAGUCAAACAGGGACUGCUGCUUUUAUCAAAGGAGUGAAAAAUCUGGUUUGAAUCCCAUCUUCUAUUUAUCAACUUGUAAGAAGGGGUUCUUAAAAUAAUGUGUAUAUUAAUUUGCAGAUUACAUAACUUGAAAAGAUAAAAUGUUUAUAUAUCUACAUUUCUGGUAAGAGACUAGCACGUACAGAUAUGCUAUAGCUGCUAGAUGGAUGUGUAAUAUUUGUAACUACAGUUGAAUUUAAAGCAAAAUAAAAUCUAUUUUAACAAUUGUUCAUUAUUUUGACUAAUUUCCCAGAAUUUACAUUUAAGCUUAUAUUCUCUGCCCUUGAUUUCAUUUAAUAAUUAUGUUUUUUAAAAAAGAUUCCUUAUAGUUCAGUUUCUGUAAUGCAUUGGCGAGGUUUCCUCAGCAUACUGAACAUCAGUUCACUAGUUUCCUGCUUCUUAUUCCUUUAAAAGAGACGGCCUGGCUUUUUAGGAUUUCUGGUUUCAUUUUAUAAUAGCCAUUAGAAUAACAGAAAAGAGCCCUUCAGAUGUUUGUUGAUGAAUUACGACUCUCGGCAGCCUUAGGCAAGGGUAAGGCAAGGGUAAGGGAUGCUUUGAGUUGUAAUCCAGCAAUAUCUGAGAAAGGUCACAAAUUCCCCUUUCCUGCCUUACAUUGUCUUCCAAAACUCUGGUGAAACCUUAUGAAAUGCCAGUGAAAUUUCACUCACACAAUAGGUCUUCACCUUCUUCCUUACAAAAACUACCUGAAGAAUUGGUGAGUCCUUUAGAGCAGAUUCUGAGGGAACAUCAUAGCUACGGAGGGAAAUGAAAACAUAUCAGUGGAUUUCACUGAAAGAAACCUGUUUAGAUAGCAUUACAUAUCUUUGAGUAACACACUGCAGGAAACAGUAAGGUUCCCGGCCAGCUGUUUUUCUAUGCCACCGCUAGAACUAGCAGCUCUGAUUAACAGCAGGUAGCCUAAUUCCAGCCAUCUGGGUUUCUCUCCUGAAGACGACAUCAGGGUAUUUAAGUUUCUAAACCUUCACCCCAUCAACUUACAAAGGAAAUAUACAUGAUGAAUCACAUCAGUAUUAAUCUCAUCCCUUCACCAGUAUGUCAAACAGAUAUGACCUGUUGUUUCCAGUCACCUGGAAAAUAAAUUUUUAAAUUAAAUUUAUUUCAAUUUUUAAAUUAAACUUAUCCCACCCUCAGCCCCACCACCCAAGCUUCCCAUUCAGAAAUUCUGGCCAGUUCCCCAGGUUAGAACCUUGACUGAACGUUUUGGAAAGGUUGGAUUUUUAAAAAUUAUUCUUUAAAGUCACAGUGAAUAUCUUUUUGAAUAUUUAAAUUAGCAGGUUUACCUAAAUGUAUAAUUCAAAUAAUGGAUUAAAAAGUGUGUAAGUUAUUAAAAUGAGACAUCUGAAUCACCAGCCCAGUAAACAGCAGAAAUGUGUAUUAUUUAUUUUUUACUAUGUUAAUGUAGUAUUAACUGUUUAUCAAGCAUAUUUUAUUUCAGAACAAUAAAAUGAGAUACUUUAUCAGUAACUAUUGUA